CCGGUUUGCGCCGUCGAGAUACCUCGUGGUCGUCGUGUUUCUACUUAUUAUUAGUUGUGCUAUGUAAUUUUUCGAUUUUUAUUGCCGCUCUUUUUUCACGUUGACUUUACGUUUAAAAACGGAGGAUUUCCCAAUCAGUGAAACUGUGGGAAAACCGAGAAAUGGAAACUCUAGUCGAUCGGAUUCACGAAUACGAACACGAACUUUUAUUUUUCAAACAGGUUACUGGUGGAACGGGGGCUUUACUGAAUCCAAAUGCGGAAGAGUUCGAAGUUAAAUCCGAAUCAGAUGUUGAACAUGAAGGUCAACAAUGGGACUUCGGAAUUGAUGCUCAUUCUGAAUGUUAUCCCGCUGAAAAUGAAGGCUACGUGUACAUGAAUGGGGAUGUUGGUAAAAUGCCUUCGGGGGCAGUGUACACCACAGCCCCCGAAAUCGGUGCCCCGAUGCUUCCCGUAUUGGAUUAUGCCGCCGUCAAUGGCGUAGUAGAAGGUGCUGAGGGACCUAGCCCCGGGCCACCCUCAGCACCGCCAGAUAAUGGGGCCCCACCUGCCUAUCCCUUGCCACAGCUUAAACAGAUGCUCUCGCAACAAUUGGAGUAUUAUUUUUCCAGGGAAAAUUUGGCCAACGACACAUACCUGCUAUCACAAAUGGACAACGACCAGUAUGUGCCCAUUUGGACGGUGGCUAAUUUCAAUCAGGUUAAGAAGCUUACCAAAGACAUUAAACUCAUCACAGAAGUAUUGCGUGAAUCGCCCAAUGUACAAGUUGACGAGGAGGGCGUUAAAGUGCGUCCAAAUCAUAAACGGUGUAUAGUUAUUUUACGCGAAAUACCAGACAAUACACCUAUUGAAGAAGUGAAGGAAUUAUUUUCUGGUGAAAAUUGUCCUCGCUUAAUAUCUUGUGAGUUCGCUCAUAACAAUUCGUGGUAUGUGACGUUUGAGUCGGACGAAGAUGCACAACGGGCGUACAAAUACCUCAGGGAGGAGGUGCGCGAAUUCCAAGGGAAGCCGAUCAUGGCUCGGAUCAAGGCAAAACCGAUGAAUCGACUUCCAAUGCCGCCCGUUGCUCCCCUCAAGAAUGGCUUCAGACUCACUCCAUCAUCGACCGUUUUCGAUCCAGCCGCUUUUCCUCCAGGCCAACAAAGAUUUAUCUAUCCCAAUAACACUUCUGGACAACCAGUGACGUACUCCAAUCAAGUACAAAUUUAUCCGUACCAACAACAACCAUUCUACACUUCGGUAGUGCAAGCAUGGCAUACAGGAGGUCCUUAUUAUGAUAUAAGUAGUGUUUUUCAAGUAAAUGGCCUCGCCCCUCAAACGACAUUUAAACCACAGUAUAACCGGACGAAUACCAGACAGCGUAAGCAAUCGAAACCGUCAUCGUCAUCGCAAAGUGGAGAUCUGACCACACCAGGGGUAUCUCAGGCCAGCAAUCAGGUAAGCGGCGGCACUAGAUUAUCGAAUCAGCAAGGAGGCGGCGGUGGAAGUGGUGUCGCACAGCCGCCAGCCAUUCAGGUUACUGCCAAGGUUGGUGCCCCUACAGUCAUCACCUCAAAACCAGUGCCUCUGGUUGGUGAAACACCCAGAUCGAGUCAUGUACAUGAGGAUACUCACACUUGUAACACAGUUGCACCAUGUCCAGUUGGUAUACACCAACAGGAAGAAGUUCCAUAUAGAUCUACAGCUCCCUCGAUACCAAAAGAGCCACUGCCGCCAAGACACAGGCGCAAGAGAAAAGAUGAAGAGAUGGUUGCAGCUAAUACACAGACUCAAAAAGAGGUGGUCGCUAAUAGUAGAGGUCACUUUGAUUUGGAAGAUUCCGCAUUUCCUCCAUUGCCAGGUUUUGAAGGAGGUACUACAACAAAUGUUAAACAAGUCCAGUGUAAUGUGUCGAAUCAGGAAGUAGCUCCCCAUCAUCCCCCACCUGUCGAAAUGCCAAUUCCUCAGGGUCAUUGGGGAGAGAAUAGACUUGCAGACGUUGUGAAGGGUACCGCUAGAACUAAGAGUAAAGAUAAUGGCAGCAAUCCGACGUCACCCCGCGCUAUGUCCCCUCAGCACUCUACUUUAUGCCAAGGCAGCCAAACUACAACUACUAGACAGCAUUUCUCAGCCACAAUCGAAGUAAAGGAAGCUGCCGCCACUAAUGGAGAUAUUCCUCUUUGCACAGCUACCCUUACACCGCCUUGCUCACCAGAGAAACCGAUUCCGACGACGAUUGCAACUAAAUGCACUAUGGCCGACAAGUCGACUAAAACCGACGACGUCCUCUUGAACGGCGACCUGGAAACUCCUUGCCCGACCACAACAAAUGCCGCGACUAUGACUACAGAAAUGUCCUGUGAGGCCCCAGUGCGUACGACUCAAGCUGGCGCGACUACUGUCAUGAGAAAUCAUACCACAAAUGUUCCAUUUACGAGACAAGAAUCACGUUCUGAACCUCAUAAACAACAACCCCCUGUCACUCCACCCCCACUGGACAACACAAAUCCACCUAGAAUGAGUUAUGCUCAAGUAGCUCAACAUCACAAGGAACAAAAGGAGAGACAGGCCAAGGAUAAACUACUCAGUGAACAAAGUGUGCCACAGAAUAACAAUAAAGCCACAAGCUCAAACAGUAGCAACGCCACAAACGCCAUAAACAGGGUCCAAGGCGAUCAACAGCAUCGCGACGGAAAGGAAUCUAAAGAUGGUGGUCAACAAAAAGAUAAUGGAGGUGGUGGUCAGCAGCGACAGGGUCCACCCAGGAGCGGUUCAAGAAAUAGUUACGAUCGUUCUCAACGACGAAGGCCGGAAGGUAGAACGUCGCAGUUACGCGAUUUUGUACCCCCGCGUUCUCCGAAGUAGCAGACGGACGAGGUUUGGUUAUAGUGUUUGUGGGACUAUUAGUGCAGAGAGAACGCGAGCGUGAAACGAGUUUUUUUUUAACGAGGCCGUGUAAGUUUUUUUUUUUAAUUAUUAAUCUUUGUUCGCGCGCGCAGUCCAAAACGAGACUGACCGCGACGAUUUGAUAUUCUCUGAUCGUAUCGUGGCGAAAAAAAAAAAAAGAAAGAAAAUAAUGAGAAAAGUAUAAAUAUAUAUGAAAAUAUACAAACGGUGUAUAUUGGAUAAGAGACUAGACAAUACUGCCUCCACAAUGGCAUUUAGGUGUACGUGUACAUUUUUUGAUUUUCACUUAAUUUUUUGCGCGAGUCAUAUGUUCCUAGCUCGAAAAAGAACACUGUUAAAUAUUUGAUAUGUUUAUUAGUGCUGUACAAUGAAAGUAUGAAGAGGAAGAGGAGAUUUUUUUCUAGAGUGGCCAGCCUGAGAGCGUGCGUCUGUGAUAGGCCCUUGAGCGCACGUCUCGCCUGCUGCUACACAUUUAGGUUGACGCAAAAAAAAGAAAAAGUAGAAACCAAAACAAGAAGGAGUCAAAACAAGUCCGUGUGCAACAAAAAUAAAAAAUGAGCAAAAAAAUGAUAGCUUUUUGACUGUG